AUGAGGAGAAUGAUGUUGGAUCCGGUCCCUCUUAAAUGGAAAAAAUUAUGGGAUACAUGCGAUCUCCGAAGCUUCAUGCUCUUAAGUCUCUCAUUACAAACGUUUUUAAUAAUCGUUGCUCCUUUGAGAAAACGAACAAAAAGCAAUUUGAUAAUCAUGUUAUUGUGGUCUGCGUACUUGUUAGCAGAUUGGGCGGCCAACUUUGCUGUUGGACUUAUCAUGAAAGGCCAAGGAGAUUCUAGUGACAACCCAGGCAAAAAGGGUAGGGAUACUUCUGAAGAUGCAGGCCUUCUUGCCUUCUGGGCAUCAUUUAUUUUGGUGCACCUUGUUGGCCCGGACACCAUUACGGCUUUUUCUUUGGAAGAUAAUGAGUUGUGGCCCCGGCAUCUUUUUGGUCUUGUCUUCCAAUUUUUAUCUGCUGUUUAUGUGUUUAUUCUGUCACUUCCGCAUAACGGGCUAUGGAUUCCCACUUUGUUGGUGUUCUUUAAUGGAAUGCUGAAAUACAUUGAGAAAACACGCUCGUUUUAUCUUGCGAGUGCCGAUAUAUUCAAAUCUUCAAUGCUUAAAAAAGCUAACCCUGACAUCAAUGCUUCAAAACUUAUAGAUAUGCACAAUACCAUGAAGGAAGCCAAAAUGCCUGCUAAAAUUGAGGUGAUUCCCGACCAAGAAAUAGUGACCAUAUCAAGGGUCAUAUCAGCUAACAAGACUAAAAAGGGGAUUUUAACAGAAUUGGAGGUGGUGCAGUAUGGUUAUCAGUUCUAUGAAAAAUUUAUCGGUCUUAUUGUUGAUAUGAUUUAUGGUGAAAAGGAACGGCAUCAGAGCCGCGAUUUCUUUUUGAAUCGCACUGCGAAUGAUGCAUUCAAAGUGAUUGAGGUCGAGUUAAACCUAAUCCAUGAAGUUCUCUUCACCAAGUUUCCUAUGGUGCAUGGUAAGAACGGAGCCAUUAGACGGCUUUUAUGUCUUGUGACUGUUUGUUUAGCAAUCACAUUGUUCUUAUUGAAAAGCAAAACAAACUUCAGAGAAGCUGAUGUUAGGAUUACUUAUUGUUUGCUCUUUGGGGCAUUGGUUUUUGAUUUAAUUUCUCUAUUCAUGAUCUUUUCUUCUGAUUGGACCAUCAUUGCUCUUCGGGGAUCGCCUGAUGAUGUGCCGCCUCACAACUCUCUCAAGAACAAAAUCAUCACAUUAUUUCUCAAACUUAAGACAGAGGGCAUACUUAAGGUCAUUAGAGCAUUUACAUCCGAGUUGGAUCCCAAAAGCAAUACAGAAUCAAACCAGUAUGCUAAUAGGAAUGGAAGGUGGUCGGAAACCAUUUCAACUUUCAACCUUAUCAACUAUUCCUUGCACCGACGUCAUCAAUCAUUGGAAAAGGUUUUGAACAACUUGGGGUUUACUCGGUUUCUUGAUGGCAUAUCAUAUGUAGAACCCGAAGAAUUCACCGUGUAUCUUAGAGACUUCAUCUUCGACGAGCUAAGAGCGAAAUCGGAAUUCGCAGAUGACUUGGAAGAAGCUAAGGAGAUCAAUUCGGCACGAGGCAAUUGGGUGCUUCGAGUAGAAGCAGGUUGGGAUAGCUUACUUAAAUAUGUUUUCGAGGUCGAUUAUGAUCAAAGUCUCAUUGUAUGGCACAUCGCUACCAAUUUAUGCUACCACAAAGAAGACGAUAACGGUAUGCACAACACAUCCAGCAAGAAGAAGCACAACACAUCCAGCAAGAGGAACAUCGCAAAACUCUUAUCUGAUUACAUGAUGUUCCUACUAUACUUGCAACCAAACAUCAUGUCAACACUAGAAGGUGUUGCACAUAUACGGUUUCUAUAUACUUUUACAGAAGUUAGCGCCCAGAUCCAAAGGUUUUCCGAAAUAACUGAUUCGAAACCUAGAAGUGUUUGUGAGGAGAUCCUUAAGACGUCAAGAACUAAUGUGAACUCUUUGUUAUUCGAAAGUUGCAGUUUGGCUAAUCAAUUGAUAGAGAUCUCAAAGAAAGAUCCGAAAUCGGGGAAUGAUCCGAAAUUGGAUAAAUGGGAGAUUCUAAGCAAGGUAUGGGUGGAGAUGUUGUGUUAUGCUGCGAUUAACUCACGAGUCAACACACAAGUAGCCCAAGUGAGUAAAGGUGGUGAACUUAUUACCAUAGUUUGGUUGUUGAUGACUCAUUUCGGUUUCGGAGAUCAAUUCCAACCAAAUAAACAUAAUAAAAGAGUAAAGCUACAUGUUGGCAAGUAA